ACUGUCCCAGCCAGUACCACAGGGGUGACAUCUACCUCCGCUAGCACUCCUGUAGCCACCACUGCCACCACCACUGUGACCCCACCUGGAACGACUCAGGGGACAUCCUCCUCGGCAACUGUCCCAGCCACAACCACAGGAGUGACCUCUGCCUCCGCCACCACUUCUGCUUCCCCUACUCCUGAGGCCACCAGUGCCACCACCACCGUGACGUCACAUGCCACCACUCAGGGGCCCUCUUCCGCAGCCACCAUCCCAGCCAGUAGCACAGGGGUGACUUCUACCUCUGCCAGCAGUCCUGUGGCUACCACUGCCACCACCACCGUGACCUUACCUGCCACAACUCUGGGGACUUCCUCCUCGGCCACUGUCCCAGCCACCACCACAGGGAUGACCUCUGCCUCCGCCACCACUUCUGUUUCUCCAACACCUGAGGCCACCACCGUCACCACCACCAUGACCUCACCUGCAACCACUCAGGGGACCUCCAUCCCGGGCACUGUCCCAGCAAGCACAACAGCUGUGACCUCUUCCUCUGCCACCACGGCUGCCUCCCCAACUUCUGAGGCCACCACUCCCACCACCACCAUGACGUCACCUAGUACGACUCAGGGGAACUUGGACACUGUCCCAGCCACCACCACAGGGAUGACCUCUGCCUCCGCCACCACUUCUGCUUCCCCAACUCCUGAGGUCACCACUGCCACCACCACCGUGACCUCACCUGCCACCACUCAGGGGACCUCUUCUUUGUCCACUGUCCCAGCCACAUCCACAGGGUUGACUUCUGCCUCCGCCACAACUUCUUUUUCCCCAACUCCUGAGUCCACCACUCCCACCACCACUGUGACCUCACCUGCCACAACUCUGGGGACUUCCUCCUCGGCCACUGUCCCAGCCACCACCACAGGGAUGACCUCUACCUCCACCACCACUUCUGCUUCUCCAACACCUGAGGCCACCACCGUCACCACCUCCGUGACCUCAUCUGCCACCACUCAGGGGACCUCUGCCUCGACGUCUAUCCCAGCCAGCACUACAGCUGUGACCUCUGUCUCUGCCACCACUUCUGCUUCCCCAACUCCUGAGGCCACCACUGCCACCACCACUGGGACCUCACCUGCCACCACUCAGGGGACCUCUUCUUUGUCCACUGUCCCAGCCACAUCCACAGGGUUGACCUCUGCCUUUGCCACAACUUCUGCUUCCCCAACUCCUGAGGUCACCACUGCCACCACCACCGUGACCUCACCUGCCACAACUCUGGGGACCUCCUCCUCAGCCAUUGUCCCAGCCACCACCACAGGAAUGACCUCUGACUCCUCCACCACUUCUUCUUCCCCAACUCCUGAGGCCACCACUGUCACCACCACCAUGACCUCACCUGCAACCAUUCAGGGUACCUCCACCUUGGGCACUGUCACAGUCAGCACCGCUGUUGUGACCUCUGCCUCCGCCACCACUUCUACUUCCCCAACUUCUGAGGCCACCACUCUCAGCACCACUGUGAUGUCACCUAGUACGAUGCAGGGGUCCUUGGCCACUGUCCCAGCCACCACCACAGGGAUGUCCUCUGCCUCCGCCACCACUUCUGCUUCCCCAUCUCCUGAGGCCACCACUGUUACCACCAUUGUGACUUCACCUGCCUCCACUCAGGGGACCUCCACCUCGGGCACUGUCACAGUCAGCACCGCUGUUGUGACCUCUGCCUCCGCCACCACUUCUACUUCCCCAACUUCUGAGGCCACCACCGCCAGCACCACUGUGACGUCACCUGCCACAACUCAGGGGACCUCUGCCUCGACGUCUGUUGCAUCAAGCACAACAGCUGUGACCUCUUCCUCCGCCACCUCUUCUGUUUCCACAUCUCCUGUGUCCACCACUGCCACCACCUCCGUGAUCUCACCUGCCACCACUCAGGGGACCUCUGCCUCAACCAUUCCCCUAGCCAGCACCACAGCUGUGACCUCUGCCUCUGCCACCACUUCUGCUUCCCCAACUCCUGAGGCCACCACCGCCACCACCACUGUGACCUCACCUGUAACGAUUCAGGGGACCUCUUCCACAGCCCCUGUCCCAGCCAGUACCAUAGGGGUGACUUCUACCUCCACCUUCACUCCUGUAGCCACCACUGCCACCACCACUGUGACCCCACCUGCAACCACUCAGGGGACCUCCACCUCGGGCACUGUCCCAGUCAGCACCGCUGUUGUGACCUCUGCCUCUGCCACCACUUCUGCUUCCCCAAUUACUGAGGCCACCACCGCCACCACCACUGUGACCUCACCUGUAACGAUUCAGGGGACCUCUUCCACAGCCACUCUUUCAGCCAGUACCACACGGGUGACCUCUGUCUCCCCCACAAAUUCUGUUUCCCCAACUGCUGAGGCUACCACUUCCACCACCACCGUGACCUCACCUGCAACGUCUCUGGGGACCUCUUCUUUGUCCACUGUCCCAGCCAGCACCACAGGGAUGACCUCUACCUCAACCACCACUUCUGCUUUGCCAACUCCUGUGGCCACUACUGCCACCACCACUGUGACCUCACCUACCAUGACGCAGGUGCCCUCUUCGAUAGCCACUGUUCCAUCCAGUACCUCAGGAUUGACCUCUGCCUCCGCCAGCAGUCCUGUGGCCACCACUGCCACUGCCACUACCACCGUGAUGUCACCUGGCACGACUCAGGGGACCUCCUCCUCGGCCACUGUCCCCGCCACCACCACAGGGAUGACCUCUGUCUCUGCCACCACUUCUGCUUCCUUAACUCCUGAGGCCACCACUGCUACCACCACCGUGACCUCCACUGCCACGACUCAGGGGACCUCUGCCUCGACCAGUGUCCCAGCCAGCACCACCACUGUGGCCUCUCCUGUCUGGACUCAGGGCACCUCUUCCUCCACCUCUUCGUACCCUGUUCUGGGAACCACUACCGUUGCUAGUGCAAAUUCGAGCCCCAGCAUCGUCACCUCCAUGCCAUCGCCCACAUCCUCUUCUCCUUCUACCACUUCUAGGGUUACAUCUACAACCACUUCAACUACCACCUCCAUUGUUCCUAGCACAAGUGUGACCUGCAUGAACGGAGGGAAGUGGACAGGAGUGGCCUGUGAUUGUCCCCUGGGCUUCACAGGAGAUCAAUGUCAGUUAUUGACCAAUAUCUGCCUGAAUGGAGGUCUCUGGGAUGGGCUCAAGUGUCAGUGUCCCAGCCUCUACUACGGGCCACUGUGUGAGAAUGUGGUGGAGAGCAUCGAGAUUGAGCCACCACCACAGACGGUCUCUGCUCAAAUGGAACUGACCGUGACCGUGACUAGUGAGCCCUACAGUGAUAAGCUACAGGACCGGUCUUCUCAGGAAUUCAAGAAGUUCAAUGAAAGCUUCACGGAACAGAUGAAAACAAUUUAUUCUGGAAUCCCUGAGUAUGAAGGAGUCAACAUCACAGGGCUGAGGCAGGGCAGUGUGGUGGUGGAGCAUGACGUCAUCCUGAGGACCAAGUUCACCCCAGAAUACAAGGAAGUCUUCAAGAAGGCCACGGAGGAGGUGAAGGAAAAAAUCGAGAGUGCAACCAGAGAGCUGAUAAGCAAAAAUGAUACCUGCACAGCCCUGCUGUGCUUCAACUCAACUGCCACCAAGGUGCAGAACAUUACAGUCACCCAGUACGAUCCUGAAGAGGAAUGCCGGAAGAAGGCUGGGGAGGAAUUUGCCCCCUACUUCAGGGUGGAGUACAAGGACCAGAAGCCUUACUGCAUCACGCCCUGCAUGGCCGGCUUCAACGCCUCCUGGGACUGCCACUACGGCAAGUGCCUGCUGCAGCGCAGUGGCCCCCAGUGCUACUGCCUGAUCACAGAGACUCACUGGUACAGCGGAGAGACCUGUGAGUGGGGCAUCCAGAAGAGCCUGGUGUACGGACUCGCCGGCGCGGGCGGUGCCGUGGUGCUGCUGGUCAUCGUGGUCCUCCUGGUGUUCACGCUCCGCUCCAGGAGAGAGGUGAAGAGGCAAAAGGCCACAGUGUCUCAGUUGUACCAGUGGCAAGAAGACGAUGGUGGAUCUGUCCCUGGGACCCUCCGAAACAUUGGCUUUGACAUCCAUGAAGAAAGAGAAGAUUACAUCCACCUGGACUCCAUCUACAGUAACUUCCAGCCCUCUCUGAAUCACAUAGACCCUGCAAAAAAGGUCCAAAUUCAGAGGCCCCAGGUGAUAAUGACAGCCUUGUAAAAAGCAAAGCAGUUUUGUGUGGCGCCGUGGGAUCUGGGAGUGAGGGGACCCCAGCUGGGCUAAGCUUGGUGGAACAUUUCCCCAUGGAGAGCGCGCCCCAGGAGUUGAUGGGAAACAGCCACUGCACAUACCAAAGAGGAAGAGAAGAGAGAAACAACAAACUCAGCUUCUGCUUGUAAAGUCGUGUGGAAGCACCGGGGAGGCUCCAGAGGGUUUGUGGUGAUGCCAGGCGAGGCCUUCUUGCCCACUUCCUGGGAGGUUCUUCUGAGCGCGCCAGCCCACGUUCAGCACCAAGGACAGCGCCCGGCCUACGGGCUUGCAGCCGGGACCGCUUCCACCCCACGACUGCGCUUUGCAACCUACACAAGACUCAUCUAAGGACCCUUGCAUCCCAUUUUCGUAAAAGGCGUCUAUUUUUAAAUAAUGUAAAUAUUUACAGGAUAAAUACAUAGUAUAUAUCUAAGAUUAUUAAUAAAGUUAUUAUUUAUAUGG